AUGGAUUACACACUAGCAGCGCUAAAGCUAAUGUGUGCACAAUUGAAGCAAUCCAAACAGACUCCUUCACAGUCUUCCUUCACUUUUGGUGGCAUCCUCUUCCAACGCGCUUGGGUUCAGGGCCUUCUCGUCUCCGUUCCCGACAAUAACAACGACGAUGACGACGAUAACCGCUGUCGCUUUCUUCUUGAUGACGGUACAAGCGUUAUUGAAUUGUUUCUCUCUAAGAGCUACCUCAAACAAGAUAAUUGGGUUACUGGGAUGUAUGUGAUGGUAGUCGGACCUUACCUUGUUCCUGCCGGCAAAAACCCAAUGAUUAAGGUUCACAAGAUAGUUGAUCUUUCAGCAAAUCCUAAUAGAGAGGCGAUGUGGUAUCUUGAAGUUAUUGAAGCCUACAGAUUGUUCUACCAACCUCUUAUUGAAGAUUGAACACAAGAUUAACUUUACAGGCGUCAAAUUUCAGCCACCAGAGUCUAUGUUUCUGUAAUUUCCUGGUUAAGAAAAUGUAACUCUGUAAUGACAAUUGCCCCUUUUUGCUUCACACCUUUUGCUUAUUCAAGUGCUUGCUGUCAUAGUAGCAUAUGGUUUAUAUAGCGAAUUGUCAAAAUAUCUGCACUCCUGCAGUGUACUACUGAUAUUUCGUUCUUUACGACAGAGGUCUGUGAAAAGGAAGCUAAAACAUUUAGAUUUGUGAAA